AUGAGCGAUGGUCCUGUCGUCAGUGGUCAACUAAAGAAAUUUGUAUUUCGUGGAAAAUCCCUCAACAACGGGGACACUCGAGGUGAUUAUUUGGAAAUAGUAAUACCCGAACUGUUAUCUGCGGGCUAUUCAUUCUACACGUGGCCGUCUGCUCCGCUAUUAGCUUGGUACCUGUGGAGUCAGCGAAAAAAUCUACGUGGACUACGAAUAUUGGAACUUGGUUGCGGAACUGGACUGCCCGGUAUUUUAGCUGCAAAGUGUGGUGCUCACGUGACUCUCACAGACAGCGUUGCUCUCCCGCGAUCGCUGCAUCACUUAUCGGGUUGCUGUGAAGCAAAUGGUCUUAUUCCAGGUCGUGAUGUUCAAAUAUUAGGGCUAGCUUGGGGACUAUUUUUAGCUGAUGUGCACAACUUACGUCCAGUAGACUUAAUAUUAGCUUCAGACUGUUUUUACGAACCCUCACAAUUUGAAGAGGUAUUAUCUACCGUUGCCUUUUUGCUUGACGGUACUGACUCUAGAUUUUUGUGUGCUUACCAGGAGCGGAGCACGGACUGGUCCAUUGAGGCUCUUCUGCAGAAGUGGGGCUUAAAAGGCGCAUUACUCGACUUGGAUUCCUUAAGUGAAAGUUCUGGUAUAGAUUAUAGAGCACUAGUUGAGGCACUACCUGAAUAUCCUGACUCUGAUUUCUCGGAAGAUGAUCAGUCUCCCUUAGAAGUUUCAUUUAAUAAAGCAUCUGAUCAUGUAAGAAAAAUUACUACUAAACUAAAUAACAAUCAACUAUUAGAAUUAUAUGGUUUAUAUAAGCAAAGUACCGAGGGUAAAUGCAACAUACCAAGGCCAGGAUGGUUAGAUGGAAAGGGCCGCAAAAAAUGGGAAGCAUGGAGAUCCCUUGUUGAUAUGCCUAGUGAUGAAGCAAAGCAAAAAUAUAUUGACUUGGUGCAAAAGUAUGAUCCUGAAUGUGAACUAGUGGAAGAAGCUGUGCCUAAGCAGCAGUGGGUAGCUGUAUCAUCUUUGCAACGUUCACCUGAACCAGACCUAUCACAUGAUGAGUUAUCUCUACUUGAUGCAGCUAGAGAAAACAUGGGGGAAUUAGUGUCAAAGUUAAUUUCAAAGAAUCCUGCUAUCAAGGCUCAAAGAGAUAAAGAUGGUCUUACUGCUUUGCACUGGGCAGCGGAUAGAAAUGCAACAUCAGCAUUAGAAGCUGCUAUUCAAUCAGGUUGUGACAUAAAUGCAAUGGACAAUUCUGGACAAACAGCAUUACAUUAUGCAGCAUCAUGUGGGCAUGUAAAUUCCACACAAAUUUUAAUUAAAGCAGGAGCAAAACUAUUUAAAGAUGAGGAUGACUGUUCACCAUUAGACUUAGCAGCUGAUGAGGAAAUCAGGAAUAUUCUAAGUGCUUAG